CAGGAAGGAGAGGGAGGUUUGGCGCAAACAGCCAUUCAUGCAGGGCAGAGAAAGUCCACUCAGAACUGUAGCGAGUUCUCUGAGAUCCCUGCUUUGGGAUGCUUCCGCUCCUACCAGCUGGAAUCUCUGGCUGGCUCCUCUCUGCAAGCUUUUCCCCAAAGCCACUGGAGGGGUGGGGCAAGAGGGGAGGCAACACCCGUGUCCUCGUUUCCCCCAGAGUGUGUUGGAGAGUCUCCCUUGCACAGUUCUGGAUCUAGGGGAGACGGUCCUCAGUGCUUAAUUUGUAAUGAAAGAAGUGCCAGGGAUCAAGCAAUUUUUUUUACUUUCAUAACUGACGCAGCAAGCCAGAGGUGCCGGGGCCCUGAACUGUCAAGCCCAGCAGUGCUGGGGCUCUCAACUACCAAGCCCAGAGGUGCCAGGGCUCUGAACUCCCAAGGCCAGAGGUGCUGGGGCUCUGAACUGCCAAGCCUAGAGGUGCCAGGUUCAGCCUUGGCAAGCCCUGGCAGAAAUUAAGCACUGGUGGCCCUGACUGAGCCCAUUUUACCCUCUCCCCCACAAUGCAGCACGUUCUCCCUAAAAACAUGUUCUACCACCCACUCCCCAGUUACAUGUUCCCUGCAUCUUAUCCUUCCAUUCCCUAGAGAUCUGAACCCCCAAAUACCUAGCUAUUUUUCCCUUUACUCCCCAGUUAUCCAAAAGUCCUGUGUAUUCUCUGCAGUCCCUAAGCCAGGACAGCCUUCAGAAAGGAGUCCUGAUCUGGGGUUCCAAAGACAUGAUCACUUUUUGAAUGCAUGUACCAGUCCUAGCCAGUCUGAGGAAGUGGGGAUGGGGGUGGACUAUGUGUAUAUGAGGCAGAAGGGGUGUGAGUACGUGGAAAAAGCUAGUGGGCCAAAUUCGCCCCUAAGAUAACUCCAUUAUCAUUAAUAGACUUACACCAGUGGCCCUAUUCACCCACCACAAGGUAAGAGCAGCUGCCUUGAGGUCAAUGGGAGUUACUCAUACCUUUUUGGGGGAGGGGAAGAAUGGGGCCCUAGGGCUGAAGUUGGCCCACUAACUUUUUCAGGGAUUCAGACAUUGUUACACCAAUUGGGUCCAGCAUUUGAAGAGUUAAGCCAGGCAGCUUGUCCUUAUCAGUAGGCUCAGCCUGCUGUAGCAGAGCAGUUACAGUUUGAAUGUAGUGUACUCACUGCUCUCACAGGCCUAGGAAAGAAGCAGGCGAGGGGGUAUUACAUUCUUCCAGGAUUGCUGUCAUGGUUCUUAAGGUCUUCUUCCCCUCUUGCUGUGCCACAGCAGAAAGUGGCCUUUUGAUUGGCCGUUGGAUCCCAGAACAGAACUCUGCUGUUGUCCUCGCUGUGGUCCACUUCCCUUUUAUUCCUGGCCAGGUGAAGCAAUAUCUCUCUGAAGUCCAGCGGGUGACUCAGAUCAAUAUGUGUGUGCUGGGCUCAUGGAGUAACAGCAAACAGGAGAAGGAAGGGGUCCUGGACAAGUUCCUGGAAGAUCUCAGCACAAUCUUUUCCCAUGAGCCCUGGAUACAGCUCAGCAAAGAGAGAGACAGCAAGUUUUGGAGCUGCUGUAUCUUUCAGAAAUACCCCAGCAGCCCCAAGGAAGAUGAAUUCAUCUUAGUAUAUUAUGACCAGCGCAAAGUAAUGCUUUCACAGCUGCAUCCCACCGACAGCCUGACCACAUCUGCUGACCAUGAGGGAAAUGAUGCCUCAAAACUAGGUGCUGUGUUUGACACCGUUGCAAAGAGCAAGGUACUGUUCAUGACAGACAGAUACGAUGAUGGGCCUAUCAAGCUGACUCACUGGCAGUCAGAAGGAGUGGAAGCUAGUAUUAUCGUGGAACUGAUGAAGCAGGCUUCUGUGCCUGUGUGUAUGCUGCUGACAUUCCUGCUUUCACUUGUCUCCAGUGUUUGUAAAAGCAGAGUGAUGAAGUUUUGGCCUUUGUCUUUCAUCUGGAGUAAACUCUCAACUUGUGAACAGUUGGGGCACCGACUGGAGCACCUCCAGAUCAUCAGCAGCAACAGGAAGGCUCAGAAUCAGACCCAGCUAAUGAGGAAAGCCAACAUCUUUGUUUCUCUCUUCAUUGACAUGGCUCUGGGAAUACUGCUAAUGUCCUGGCUCUACAGAGAGAAUCGGAUUGGUCAGCUUGCCGACACUCUCAUCCCAGUGGCUGAUCAUAUAGCCAAAGAGCUCCAGGACCUGCUUCAGUGGCUAAUGGGAGUGCCAGCUGGUUUAAAAAUGAACCGGGCUUUGGACCAAGUAUUAGGCCGGUUCUUCCUUUACCACAUUCACCUGUGGAUUAGCUAUAUCCACCUGAUGUCUCCAUUCAUUGAGAUGAUCCUUUGGUAUGUUGGCCUGUCAGCCUGUCUGGGCCUGACUGUAGCGCUUUCCAUCCUCUCUGACAUCAUCGCACUCCUGACCUUUCAUAUCUACUGCUUCUAUGUCUAUGGAGCCAGGCUCUACUGCCUGAAGAUCUAUGGCUUGUCAUCUCUCUGGCGCCUGUUUCGCGGGAAGAAGUGGAAUGUCCUGAGACAGCGGGUGGAUUCCUGCUCCUAUGACUUGGAUCAGUUAUUCAUUGGCACUUUGUUAUUUACAAUCCUGCUAUUUCUUCUGCCCACGGCUGCACUGUAUUACUUGGUGUUUACCCUGCUCCGUCUGCUGGUGGUGGUUGUGCAGGGCCUGAUCCAUCUGCUCGUGGACCUCAUUGACUCUCUGCCCCUUUAUUCAGUCAUCCUUCGGCUCUGCAGAUCCUACAGACUUGCAGCUAGCGUGAAGUUCAGAGUCCUUGAACAGAAGCCUGGAAAACCUCUUCGACUCUUAAUGCAGAUAAACCCUCUGUCCUAUGGCAGCGUGGUGCAGACCUACAGGCUCACAACCUAUGCUUGUUACCCUAAGGAUUCCUGGAGCUCUCUGUGCAAGAAGCUGUUUGUUGGAGAGUUGAUCUACCCUUGGAAGCAUAAAGGGGAGAAGCAGGACUAAAGGGAAGCAAACGAGCCAGGCCUGAAAGAAUGAGCCAAAAAACACCAUUCAAACCCACUCGCUGCUCCCAGGACCAGUGAGCCUGGACCUAGCAGCUGCUAGCUGGGACAAUGCUAUCAAAUCCUCUGCUGAGACUUUGGUAGUAUGCGAGGAGGGGCUGCAUUUUAAGUGGGAGUGUUUUUAUAUCAGUGUUUCUCACACUUUUUUGUACUGGUGACCCCUUUCACAUAGAAAGCCUCCAAGUAUGACUCUCCUUAUAAAUUAAAAACACUUUUUAUAUAUUUAACACCAUUAUAAAUGCUGGAGGCAAAGGGGGAUGUGGGGUGGAGGAUGACAGCUCACGACCCCUCUUCCUGCCCCCCCCGUAAGAAUCUUGUGACUCCCUGAGAGGUCCCGACCCCCAGUUUGAGAAUCCCUGUUUUAUACAAUCUCCUUCAGCUUUCCCCUACCUAUAUGGCCUCAUCCAGCUGACUUGGUUUCCGGGCUGUUCUCUGUUAAUGAAGUGUUAUUCUGCCCUAGAUUACACUGUUUCUGCCUAGCAGCACUAGGGACCAGAGGUUUAACCCUUCAGUGCCUCUCCACAGCAGCAUACCAUGUAAGCCAAGGAGUAGCUCCUGAUCAGCCCAAUGGUCUGUUAGUCUUUCCAUGCAAGUUCCUGGGGCCUGAGGGUGAUUAAAGCCAAAACGUUGAGGUGGAUUAUUACAUCCAAGUAUUCUGGAUCUUUCAUAUUCACGUGUUCAAGCCAAUUCAUCAAAUGCAUGCUCCCAAACUGGACUGUCAGCUUGGAAACAGUACUGGUAUGUAGCCCACUGAUUUGUCCCAUUGCUUUUUCUUUGGUAAUAGAAUUGGCUUUUUCCCACUGCAGCACCACAGCAAGGGUGAGCAUAGAAAAAAUGUAGCGUGGAGGCCAGAAAACACACACUGCUCUGGUACCAUGCCUAACCCACCAUUUACAGCAGGAACAGACACAGGUAGGGUUUCACCACAAAAAGUCAUCUUUGGCCUAAAUUUUCCUAACUGACUAGUGACAUUGGAUGUGUCUGUUUCUCAGUGCCCAAUCUGAGACCUUUUAAAGGCGCCUGAUUUUUUAACAGUCCAGACCCUCUAACGGCUCUCAAAAUCAGCCUCUAAAACUACUAGUCAUUUUGGAAAAUCUAGACUCCAUUUCUUAAGAAUACUUUCCUUGCUUGCGGUACUAACCUCCAGAUCACAAUGAAAACAAUGGUCUCUUUCUCUGUCAGGUUUUAAGUACAUACACAUUAUGAUGUCUGUUCCCCUUUCAAAGUGUUCCUCCUAUUAACCCUAAAGGGAAAUACAUUCAUGUGUUGGCCAGGGAGUAGAUUCUUUAGUAUGUACCUACCACAUACAUUUCUGUAGUUUAAAAUAGACUGUAUACAGAUGUGUAAGUACACUGUGCCUAGGUGCACAACCGUCACUUCCCAUAUCCUAAACAGGAUAUGUAGUGUUGCUGUGCACUGUUGCCAGGUUGCAUUCUAGAGAUGGCUACAUUACAUUGGUGGUGAAGCUAUUCCUAUGGACUAAAUCCUCUCUCUUCUCCUUUGCGGCCGAAAUUUCUGCCUUCAGAGGAACCAUCAUGGGAAAGGAGGGUAGGAUUUCUGGUGUCUAUGCUGCAGAGCUCUUCUCUGCAUUCCUGUGCAGCUGCAUACAGGGAGGCAAGGCAGGGAGGAGUGGGGUCAGGUUUGGCGGAGCCACUACCGCAUGGCUCCACUAGCUGUUGUCCUCUGCAGGAGUCCAGCAGGAAGGGAGACUGUUGCAGCUUUAGAGCUGCUGUAGUUGUCACAGAACAUAUCUACUGGCACUCUAUAGCCAGGGCAGUGGUGGGUGAGGGAUCUUGUGUCCCAUCUCAGUGUUCAGCCUGAUUACGUGGGCUUGAGGGAGGAGGAUUUGUCCCCAUGUAUGUAAUAUCCUUUGAGCUCUUUCUGGGUGAGUAAGCACUUGUUACACUGGUGAACAUGUAGGUUAAAAUCUUCAUUAAGGCUAGGUCUCUACUUGGAGCUAGGGGUGUAAUUCCCAGCUCGCAUAGACAUACUUGUGCUAGCUCUAUGAGACUUAGUCCACUAAAAAUAGUAGUGUAGCUGUGGUAACAUGGGCAGCAGCAAGAGGCAGCACAGGGUAGCUGUUCUGAGUACAAACCCACCUGGACCCCAUGCGUAAGUACUCGGGGCGGC